AUGUGGUCUUCUGAGAGGGUGAUUCCAAGGACAACUCCAGACGUCUACGAGGUGGAUACUUAUUCAACAAUAUCUACAAAAAUCGACUCUCUGUAUCACAAGGUGGAAAGCAUAUCACAAGCAGCACAAACUAAGAAGAGCAAUUGUGAGGAAUGUGGAGUUGAGCAUAAAACAUCGGAAUGCCCAAUACUCAUGCAAGGAAUUGAGCAAGUAGAAACGCCACGUAACUUGCCGAGUAACACAGAAAUCAAUCCUAAAGAGCAAGCCAAGGCCAUAACAACUCGAAGUAGAGUACAAUUGCCUGAAAUCCAUGUCAAGAGACCGGGUGUGAUUGGAGAGACAUCUUUCCCUACUGAAGAAGAGACUGUUGUAAAGGAAUCAACUCCAAAGGAAAAUUCAGACAAGUCACAGGAUAGGGCCAAAAUGCCUAGCUACGCGAAGUUUCUCAAAGAUAUUAUAUCAAACAAACGCAAGCUGGAAGACCAUGAGACAGUAAUGCUUACGGAGGAAUGCACAUUGUGUGAUCUCGGUACGAGUAUUAACUUGAUGCCACUCUCUAUUUUCAGGAAACUAGGAUUGGGAGAGCCUAAGGCAACCACAGUAACUCUACAGCUAGCUGAUCGAUCACUUACACAUCCACGAGGGAUUAUUGAAGAUGUAUUGGUCAAAGUGGAUAAACUCAUAUUCCUAGCAGACUUCUUGAUUUUGAAUAUGGAAGAAGACAAGGACGUGCCUAUUAUAUUGGGAUGA